CUCUCCACCUUUCUCGGCUUGAGUGUGCCUUCUCUCGGCGAUUCCGUCGCAGUGGAGACCUGGGAUCCAGCCGGAGAACGGACUACAGGAUCAGGCCAUUGGUGGACAGAAGUAUAAUCCAGUCACCCAUCAUCAAUAAUGUCUCAUUAUGGGCAACAGAAGAAAUCCCAGAGAGGGGGCCCACAGCAGGGCAUGAGGUCACGGUCAGGUGGAUCAGGCUCAUCACUGCAAGGAUCCCUGCUUGGGCCUGGUCCCGGUUUCAUGAAGCCAGUGCUGGAUCUUUCCCACAAUGCACAACUGCUUCAGAGUCAGCAGAUGCAGAACGCUAAUGAGAAACAGCGCGUUUUCACUGGUGUUGUGACCAAUCUUCAUGACUAUUUUGGAGUGGUGGAUGAAGAGGUGUUCUUUCAGUUGAGUGUCGUCAAGGGUCGUAUACCACAGGUGGGGGAGAAAGUUUUGGUGAAAGCAGUCUACACACCUAACCAAUCGGUGAAGUGGAAUGCGGUGAAAGUCCAGACAUUAAGUAAUCAGCCUAUGUCAAAGGCCCCAGUGCCUCUUAUGCCUUCGAUGUCCAUGAGUCAGAAGCCAGGGAUUCUUGGGGCAACUCCUCAGCCACUUCUUUCUAGUCACCGUUUGCCUUCCUUGUUACAAAUGCCACAGAAGUAUGGAUUAAUGCAAGCACCACCACAGAUGCCCUCCCUUGCUAUGUUCGAUAGAAGAGGAAGAUUCAUGGACCAGAGAGGAAAGAAAGGAAGAGGCAACCAAGACAGAAGCGAUAGCAGAGGCUUAGACUCAAUGAAACGUAAGGACAGACUUUCCAUGCAGCAAUUGCCAGCAAAGAGGCCACGUAGGGAUGCUCCACAGUACAGGGUUCACUUUGCAGGCUACAGUCUAGAAGGAUCAGUAUGUGAUGCUGUGGAAGUGAUACGGCGUUACAGGUCCAUGACCCUUCCCAAAGAAUUCUUUGAUGCACAGCUUUGCUGGGUGGAUUCAUUUCCUCUCUUACAGCCCCUUCUUGUGAAUAGCCCGUGCCACUUCCAUGUAAUGGACAAAUCGGAAACUGAGAAUGAAAAUGAAGCUGAAUUUGGUGCACCUGAUGCAGACCCUACAUACACAGUAAAGGUUCUCCUGUUGGAUUGCCCAGAGUUCGAAGGGAUAGCCCGAGAAUGCUUACAAUUUGUUGAUGGUGUUCAGGAUAAGAAAGGAGGCCCCCAUCACCCUUCAAAACUUAUAAAGUUCUUGAUGGGAAAGAAGGACAAGGAAGUAAUGACUCUUGGUGGGGCAUGGUCUCCGUCCUUGGAUGGCCCAAAUCCAGAAGAGGACCAAUCAGUGCUCAUCCGAACUGCUAUUCGCUGUGUGAAGGAGCUGUCAGGAGUUGAUCUAAGUGAAUGUACACAGUGGUUUCGCUUUAUGGAGUUUCGCUACUUACAUCAGGGAGACCCAUCUUAUGUUGAGACUGUGGUAGUAUUUUUACCAGAUAUGUGGCACUGUGUCCCCUCUGUGCUAGACUGGGAAACCCUGGUAUCGGAGCAUGAAGCUUCUAGUACUGCAGAUGAGACAGAAGAGAACGAGGGUGAUAAGAAAGAGGAUGUAAAAAAAAAUCAGCAAGAAAAGAAACGCGCUUCUCUUCCAAAAGAGCCAUCUAUACUUGUCUACCCAAAUCGAGCAGCUAUGGAAGGAAAAUUUAAUUGUGUCACACUUUCGCUGCAUGAGCUUUUGGAGUAUCGGAAGCAGAAUGUACAUUACAGUUUUGAGGUCUCAUUGUUGGCAGAACAGUUCCAAGAAAUGCUUCAGAGGGACUCUGCUUUCAGUAUCUUUAAAGGGUUGCUGCAGUUGCCAGAAAAGGAGGAUGAAAAGCCAAAGGAAAAGAAGACUGAAGAUGGCAUAACAGAGACUGAUGAGACCAAAGCUGAAGCCCAGGAAUCUAUGAAUGUUGAUGAGGAAGUGGACAGUGCUGAGACAGCUAUGAAGGAAGACUCUGAGACUCUGACACCUGAUAAAAAGGGUCAGAAGCGUGAAACUUCAAAGAGGCAGACAAAGAGAGUGGAUGAAGCAGGUGAUGAGGCAGAUAAAGCUGAUUCAGUCACUGCCGAGAAGGGAGACACGGACAUACAGACGGAGGAUGUACUGCUGCUCCAAGAGGAGGAGGAUGAGUUUGGAGCAGAAGAGGAGGAAAAGAAAUCAACUGCAUCCAACCAUUCUGGAGUGGAGUCCUCUCACCAGGAGGUGGAAAAAGCUCCAGCUGUCAUCCUUCCAAAGGACGUCUUGGUUGGCUUUGCAUAUUUUGACCUGAACUUCUGCGGCUACAUCCAGAGAAGGGAACUUGAGAAAAUCAUUUUGACAGUGGGACUUCACCUUUCAAAAGAACAGGUUUCACAGCUAGUGGAGAAAGUUGCAUCCGGAAUCUCUUGUGACUAUACUAGUCUGGAAUAUGACAGGGAGGAGUAUGCAGAUUCGAGCAACUCUGACACACGCCUUUCUGAAGACAUGCUUAUGGGUAACAUUCCCCUCCUGCCUCCUUCCAAUUUUUCCCGAUUUGGAAAUGUAACGAAGCAAGAAAUGUCCACAGAGAGUGGUGACCUGGUUUCGCACAAUGGAGCAGUGGUGAAUAUGAAGAAUGUACUGGAAAAGCUUGAGCGGACAGAAGCUGGCAGAGCCCAGGUGGAGCAUAAGGUCAUCUCUCUGCAGCAGAAACUGGAUGAAGCCUGUGAACAGAUGUCUGCCGUGGAGCAGUCAAACAAAUCCUUGAAUGAUCAGCUUGAGGAGUUGCGUAAACAGAUUGCUGAAACAGAGGAACGUUUGAAGAACACUGAGAAGUUAAAAAGUACAUAUCAAACUCAGCUGCAGCACAGCAGUCGGUGCCUGACAUCCCUGAUGGAGGAAAUGCAGAGAAUUGUUAAUAAGAAUAACAGAACAAUAGAUCAGAAGAGUGAAGAAGCAAGCAGUUAAAGCAUUCCACACUGUACUGCUAAAAAGUGAAAAACGGCCCCCAAGAAAGAGUGCAAGCAAGCAAACAAGAAGGAAUUCUUCUGUUGAUGACCCCAGGACACAACGCCUCUGAAUGCUGAUCAUUGGAGGUGUCCUUAUAGUAAGGGCAAAGAUUGAUAAGGGCAGAUAGGGGGAUGCUACAGUAAUCAACUAAAUAUUGAACAGCAUCAGUUUGGUGCAGGUCUUGUGAUCCUAGGGAGAACAUGUGUCAGCAGAUUAGUUGACACUAAGUCUUCUUAUAUUAAAUCAAAUUGGAUCAAGAGUGUUUCUUUUUUAUGCUAAGGUUCUGUUUUGUUUUAUAAUUUAAAAUUGUGUUUAAGGUAAUUCUGUUCAUCUGUUCUGUCCAGGAGUAGUACUUUGUACUGAUAACGGGACAUACAAAGCAAAAAAAGUAGUGCAUUCCCACUAAGCAACAGAUGGUGGCAGUGACGCUCAUCUGAAAAGGCACCCCUCCAGCUGCCACUGUGGAGAGAAGUCCCACAGCUUUGUAUUAGAAGUAAUAUGCCUUUUGUGUAUUAUACAUACGUUUUUAUACGAAAACUAAAUGCAGAUGAAUCAGCUGCGUCCUUCCCUCCCCCUUGCUUGUCUGUCUUUUUAAUUAUGUGUUGGUAUUGUUGUCAUGGUACUUUUGUCAUGUACAGUGUUGCUGUUUUAUUAAUGAGAAAAGGUUCCACAAGAUUUUUUGUGGGGUAGGUUUAAAGUCUUCUAAUGAUUUAUGUUGAAAAUUUUAAAAUAAAAUUUACACUGGAACCAUGAA